AUGCGAGCACUUUCAAAAGGUGGUGCCAAGUAUGUGCUUACAAUCGUGGGCGAUUGCUCGCGGUACGUUGCGGCGUAUUUCAUGAAGAACAAGAGUGAAGUUGCCGGUACGCUGAAAGAGUAUCAAUCGCUGUAUGAAAAUCAGUGGGGAAAGCGCAUGAAGUGUCUAAGGUCAGACAAUGGAAUUGAGUUUGUGAACAACAUCGUGGCUGAGAUGUGCAUGCGAAAUAGAAUCAUGCAUCAGCGAUCUGUCCCGUAG